AUGCUCCGCCCGCUCCUCCUCCUGCACGCCGUCGCCGCGUUCAGCUCGCCGCUGGGCCGCCGCGCCGGCCGCAGCGCCCUGCGCGUGCGCGUCGGCGGCGGCGCCGUGGCGACGGCGCCCAUCGAGGGCAUGCGGCCCGGCACGUCGGGCCUGCGGAAGCGCACGAGCGUCUGGGUCGAGACGCCGAACUACGUGGAGAACUUCGCGCAGGCCAUCGUCGAGGGCUGGCGGUCCGUCGGCGGCUUCCCGGCUCCCGGCGGCGGCACGCUCGUGCUCGGCGGCGACGGCCGCUACUUCAACGACGCCGCGCUGCAGCGCAUCCUCCGCGUGCUCGCGGGCAACGGCGUCGCCAGGGUCGUCGUGCCUGUCGGCGGCGUGCUGAGCACGCCCGCGGCGUCGGCGCUCGUGCGGCGCCUCGGCGCGGACGGCGCGAUCCUGCUCACGGCGAGCCACAACCCCGGCGGGCCCGACGGCGACUUCGGCGUCAAGUUCAACACGGGCCCCGACGGCGCCCCCGCCAAGGAGUUCCUCACGGAGGCCGUCUUCGAGGCGUCGUCGACGCUGGAGAGCUUCAACGCCGCGGACGCGCCGGACGUCGACCUCGCGGCGCCGGGCGCCUUCGCCGUCGGCGACACGCAGGUCGAGGUCGUCGAGUCGAGCGACGCCUACGUCGCGGCGCUCAAGGAGUGCUUCGAUUUCGACAAGCUCAAGGCGUUCAUUGCGGAAAAGAAGCCGAACCUCUUCCUCGACGCCAUGCACGGCGCCGCGGGCCCCGCGGCGAAACGCGUCUUCGUCGACGAGCUCGGCGUCGACCCGGCCAUGCUCUACCGCUGCGACCCGCGGCCCGACUUCGGCGGCGCCCACCCGGACCCGAACCUCAAGUGGGCCGACGAGCUCGUGAGACGCGUGGGCCUCGAGCCCGACGGAUCGCCGAUGAAGGACCGGCCCGAACGACGCGUCGACUUCGGCGUCGCGUUCGACGGCGACGGCGACCGCAACAUGAUCGUCGGCGACGCCUUCUUCGUGUCGCCCUCCGAUUCGCUGGCGGUCCUCGCGGCGAACGCCAAAUCGGUCAAGUGGUUCGCGGACCGCGGCGGCCUCGCGGCGUGCGCGCGGUCGAUGCCGACGUCGCGCGCGCUCGACCGCGUCGCGGCGAAGCAGGGCAUCGAGUGCUUCGAGACGCCCACGGGCUGGAAGUUCUUCGGCAAUCUCAUGGAGCUCAAGCAGCCCUUCCUCUGCGGCGAGGAGUCCUUCGGCACGGGCGCGGACCACGUCCGCGAGAAGGACGGCCUGUGGGCCGCGCUCGCGUGGAUGAGCGUGCUCGCGGACGCGAACGCGGGCUCGGAGAAACUCGUCGGCGUCGCCGACGUCGUCAAGGCCCACUGGCGCACCUACGGCCGCGACCUCUACUGCCGCCACGACUACGACGAGUGCGCGUCCGAGGGCGCGAACGCGAUGAUGGCGCGGCUCGGCGAGCUCUGCGGCGCGGCGAAAUCGGACCUCGCGGCGCUGGACCCGGGUCUCGAGGGCGUCGAGUCCUUCUCCUUCGUCGACCCGCUGGACAACAGCGAGACGACGAACCAGGGCAUGAUCCUCUCCUUCGACGGCGGCGGCCGCUGCGUCUUCCGCCUCUCGGGCACGGGCUCCGCGGGCGCGACGAUCCGCGUCUACGUCGAGAAGCCCCUCCCGGAGCCGUCCGAGGCCGACCUCGACCUCGUCGCCGCCGACGCGCUCGGCGACCUCGCCGACGCGGGCAAGAAGGUCGCGGACCUCGUCGCCUUCAGCGGCCGGGAGAGCCCCUCCGUCAUCACGUGA